CAAAUCACACCACCCAAAAACAGCUGCCCCUCGACGCGGCGCGGGCGGUCGCCACCGGCCAUGGCGCGGCGUGACGGCCGCAGUGCCAACCAGCUGCGUCCACCGCAGGUGGAGCUGCGCCCCCUGCAGCGCGCCGACGGCUCGGCGCGGUUCCGCUUCGGAGACUGCACGGUCCUGGCCGCCGUCUAUGGCCCCAAGGAGCCGCGCACGCGGCACCGGGAGCUCUGCGACCGCUGCACGCUGGACGUGGUGGUGCGGCCGCGGGUGGGGAUUCCAGGGCCUCAAGAACGGCAGAUGGAAGCGUUGCUGGCACGACAGCUGGAAUAUGUGGUGCUGGCCACGGAAUACCCUCGCACACAGAUCUCAGUCAUCGUGCAAAUGAGCUGCUGCGACGGCUCCACCGCGGCCGUGGCGGGCAACGCGGCGCAUUUGGCGCUGCUGGACGCAGGCGUGGCGAUGAAGGCGACCGCGAUGUGUGUGGCACUGGGAGUGAAGUUGAGCCCAGAGCCGGUGAUUUGGUUGGACCCCACGGAGCUGGAGGAAGCUCAGUGUGACGCCUUGAUCUCGCUGUCCAUGGAUGGCAGCCGCCGCCGACAAGUCCUGCAAGGCGUGUCUCGACACGGCGUUUUCCCGCGUGUCUCGAGACGCGGGAACGGCGCGUCGGCGGCACUGUGGGACAGUGGACAGGUCCUGGAAGCCUUUAUGCGUAUGAGCCUUCAGAAACGCUUGGAGGGCUUCUUAAAGCCCAACGCGUAACGACGGAGCCCGCGAGAUCCGAACCCGGUCCAAAACGGAGAGCGGCUCUGCGGCGGCAGGAGCGACCGCAGGGAGCGGCGGGGUGCGCAGCACCGGUGCGGAGGAAUCGAUGAAGUGAGUGAGGGAAACCACCUGGGACGGGUCUUCGGAUGUUUGGGACGGGUCAU